AUUGCGUGUUUCGCGGAGCUUCAGCAGUAACGUGGUAGUGCUCAGCUUGUUCACGUCUUUGUAGAACGAGUCUACACAACGCAGCAGCUUUUCGAAAUGUAGUUUUUUGUCACAUGAUCAGGAGCAGCAGUGUCAUUUAAAGGUAGCCUCACUAGUCUGUAGACUACUACGGAAUAUAUGUUUCACAUACAACGCUCUCCGCUAAGAAGACGAUUCACUAAACACUUUUACUCGCCAGUUUUGUAUAUUUUUUUCUCUAUGCCAUGGAGAGCGACUGCUUAUCCCUACUGCCUUCCGUCUGUAAAGUCCUAGCUAAUCCUAAACUUCUGCUACCUGACGAUACCUCUUUGGAGAAGCUUCUGGACUGGUUCAGAGAGUCGAUGAGUCAGAGUUAUGGCAAGCAUAUUAUCCCGCAUCAGCCAUCUCUCUUGCAGUUCUUACUUAGUGUGACAACAUCUCAAGAAAUGGAUCCCACUGUCUUUUCAUUUGCCCUUAAACUCACUGGGCUUCUGGCAUCUAAAGAGGACAGUUUCAACUUACUAGAGGAGAAAGGAAUGUUACAGUAUAUGUUUGAGCCAGAUAACUGGCAUAAACUAGACCUUUGGAAAAAUGCCUCCGUACGUUGUGGGUGGCUGCAAGGACUGUGGAACAUGCUGCAACACCAACAAGCCAUGGACUUUUUCUGUAAGAGAGAUCUUGUUAAGCUGGUCUUGUAUCUACAGAAUGACAAAAGCCUCUUCAUUGCCUCUUUGACCAAUCAAGUUUUAGCACACUUUUUAAAUUCCACUAUGUUAAGCAACGAUUUUGAGAGUGUGGCACAAAACUCUCCUGCCAGCACUGACUGGGCAUCAGUUACAACAAAAGUAAUGAUCCAUAUGGCAAAGUCAUUAGCUUCAGAGGAACAGGCUGUUGUCCUCUCAGGCUUAAGGCAGCUUGCUGUAGUUCUUACCCAGUGCAGAGAACCUCUGAAGGAAAUGCUGUGGACACAUGUUCUGGAACCUCUGGAGCUGCUAGCAAACCUGCAUGACGGCUCUUUAACUCAGCAUAUCAUGGCAGUUCUUCAAGUUUCUGCAAGGAGUCCACUUUUCAUCAAACCAGAGUGUAGAGUGGAGGCACUGAUGGAAGCCAUGUUGUGUUCAAGAAAUGCAAACACAUCUGUGCAAUGUGCGGCGCUGAUCCUACAACUAGAGAACUGCCCUGAGACUUUAGAAAGGAAAGCAACAAAUGUCCUCCUCCAUCCUCUACUUUUUGUCACAUCAUGCUCUCUUCAGCCUCAUGGACCAGAUUAUGAUUCACUCUUUGAGGAACAAUUAACCCAGAGAAUAUCCUGUGUCCCCCUGAUUACUCAAAGUCUGUCCAGCAUAGCUGAUCUUGUAUGCAAGAGUCCCUUGGAUGACAUUCCUGUUCGACUGAUCACUUUGUCUGUGAUAUCACUUCUAAGGAUAUGCCUUGGUCAUCACUCCACCACUUUACAAAAAGCUGGGACCUAUUCUCAUCUUAUUGGCUGCUGCAAGGUACAGAGGUGCAGCCUGGAUGUGUUGGGAAGCCUUGCUGCCUGUAAAGAGAAUGCGGACACAGUUCAUGAGGCGCUUGCAGUUCUUCUGCUAUAUCUGCAGUGUCCUGAUGUGCAUGCCACAGUCUUGAAGAAAACACAUCAAGCCAUUCUUAAAUGGUUUAGCAUAUGUUCACCCUCCACUGAUUUAUGGAAGACUGUCCAUCAUGACCUCUUCCCUUUAUUGAAAAAGCAUGUGUGUGAUGGACGAUGGGAAGUGAGAGAUUCCACUCUUGAAUUUAUUAUGCAGCUCACCGCUACACUUAAAGGCAAUAGUAAAUAUGUUGAAGCUCUCCAUGAUUGUGGCAUGGUCUCAGUGCUGUUCACAUCAUUGUCAGAUGUAGAGGGCUAUGUCCGAGCAAGUGCAGUGGCUGCUCUUGGGGAGACGUUAACUACAACUGACCUGCAACUCUCUACUAGCCUUCAGGAGGAAGCAGUUAAACAUCUGCUGACCAUUCUAACCGAAGACACUGACAGCUUCCCCCGUCGUGCUGUAAUGAAGGUCUUCACAUCAUGGCUGAAAAGCACCCUUGUUUUUACAGCAUUAGACCACACUCUGAGUUCAGUGUUGUCACUGGGUAGCAGUGACUUUGACUGGGAGGUGAAAGUUCACACGCUGGAGUUAGCAGAUGUGUUGAUGGAUUCCUUAUUAAAUUGCUGUCCAUAUUCCAUCCAUACCUUCCAGUCUUCUGAUAGGACAGGCAUAAAGCAAGCACUUAAUGAGCUGAUGGUUUUAGGGCUGUUUGAUUUGCUGUUGAAAUGCUUAUUUGAAUGUGACAGACCUGUCUCUGAGAAAGCCUGUGCACUCUUGCUGAAGCUCCAAACAUUUAUGAGGGAGACCUUCAGUGCUGGCCACAGUGAUCUUACCCUUGAAAUAAGCGGGUGCAGUUGGAGUGAAGAAAUGCUUCAAAGAUGCUACAAGAAACAACAGGGUAAUGAGUCUAAUUGUAUGAAAAAUGGAGAUCAAGUUCCUGACUUGCCAAAAAAGGUGGGUCUGUUUGAGUUAUUAGAAUUAUUAGAUCUUGAAGACAUGCAGUAUAUUUCAUCACUUAGUAGUGAUCAUGUGAUCAAUUCACCUCAAUCUAUAAUGGAAGACAUUCUGUUUGCAGCACAGCAGAGUGAAGAAAAUGUGGUAGACUGCUAUUAAGGAUGUGCCAUUUAAUAUUGAUAUUGGCUAGCAAAGGACAUUGGACAGGUCAGCUAAUGGGGCAUGUCGUUGAUUAAUAUGCAUGUGGCAUGCUUGAAGCUGUUUGCCCAGGGCAUUUCAAAGGUUUUAUAAAAGCAAAAGAUGGAAGAGAGGAUACACAAAGACUUGCAUGUCAUGUUGGUAAUAGUAUUAAUAUUGCUCUUUUGAAGUGCAACAGCUAUGGUGAAGUGUACAGUUAUUCCCUGAUCUGAUGUUCAUACUACAUCAUGACUAUUACUAAUUGUCAAAACUAGGUAACAUAAGAUACUUUUUUUUAUUAUCAUUAAAUUAGAAAUUUUUGCCUCAUUUGUGCUUGAUGUUGCUCAUUCUGCGUGAAAUUGGCCCCACAAUGUAGUCCUUUUUUAUAACACUUCUGAGAACAGAACUGAACAUUUCCUUGGAUUUCUGUUAUUUUGCUCUGCAAUUCUUUGUAAUUUGGUGUUUUUGUAGUGUGUGUGUGUGUGUGUGUGUGUGUGUGUGUGUGAGAGAGCGAGAAUGAAACGGAUGUAUUGGCACAUUGGAACAAUUUUACUGGGAUAUUAACUAUUAUACAAGUGUCAAGCAUAAAAAUGAGAAAAUAAAUGGCAAUGAAGGAA